AUGGGUUAUUCAUAUUUUCAAAGAUUGCUCUCAGGGCUGGGUACCAUCAGAUCAGAAUUUAUGGACCAGACAUUUACAAGACUGCAUUUAUGGACCAGACAUUUACAAGGGCAUUAUGAAUUCAAAGUGAUGCCCUUUGAGCUCACCAAUGCUCCAGCCACAUUUCAAGCCCUUAUGAAUGAGGUAUUUCAGCCUUACUUGAGGAAAUUUGUGCUAGUAUUUUUUGAUGAUAUUCUGGACUACAACUCAUCAGUACAAGAGCACCUUGAGGGGAGUUCAUUACUAAGAGUAGCUGCAGAUCCAAACAAAAUUGCUUGUAUGAAGAAUUGGCCACUUCCAAAAAAUAUCAAGGAAUUGAGGGGAUUUCUUAGUGUUACUGGGUAUUACAGGAAAAUUUUCCAAGGCUAUGGAGCUAUUUGCAAGACACUCACCAACCUUUUGAAGAAGAACUCCUUCCUCUGGAAAGAUGAAGCUACUCAAGCAUUUGAACAAUUGAAGCUUUCCAUGACUAAGACUCCUGUUCUGGCACUACCAGACUUCACCAAGAAGUUUACUGUAGAAGCUUAUGCAAGCAAUAAUUGUAUUGGAGCAGUCUUAACCCAAGAAGGUAGACCCAUAACUUAUUAUAGCAAACCAUUGGGGCCUAGAUCCAUGGCUCUCUCUACUUAUGAGAAUGAGCUAUUGGCUGUUGUGAUGGCAAUGACUAGGUGGAGGCACUAUCUACAAGGAGGAAGUAGCAAUAACAGCAGAGCAACCAUAUUAGAGUCAACUCAUGCAUCAGCUAUAGGUGGUAAUUCAGGAAUUCAGGCCACCUACAUGAGGAUUAAAAGCUACUUUUAUUGGCCAGGUAUGAAGAAAGAUUUAUUAACUUAUGUAUCUUCUUGUGAAGUCUGCCAAAGAAACAAGGGAAAUCAUCAAUUCCCUGAAGGGCUGCUUCAGCCAUUACCAGUUCCAGACCAAGCUUGGCAACACAUCACAAUGGAUUUCAUUGAGGGACUUCCAAUGAGUGAUAGAAAGACUGUUGUGGUGGUAGAUAGGAUGACUAAAUACAACCAUUUUAUUGGGUUACAACACUCUUAUACAACAUCCAGUGUAGAAAAAGUCUUCUUGAACCAAGUGUUUAAAUUGCAUGGGUUACCAGCAUCUAUUGUGUCUGACAGAGACAAGGUGUUCACAAGUAAUUUUUGGCAAUACCUAUUCAAAGCACUAGGCACUCACCUGAACCUAAGUACAGCUUACCAUCCUCAGACUGAUAGACAGACAAAGAGGGUGAAUGCUUGUCUGGAAAAUUAUUUGAGGUUUGUUACAGGUCAUAUGCCAAAGAAGUGGUUUUCAGUGGUUGGCCUUGGCAGAAUGGUGGCAAGCAUCUGUGCCUUGCGCAAAAAUUUCAAGCUUUCUGCCAAGUACUAUGGACCAUUUACUAUCUCACAAAAGAUUGGAGUUGUGGAUUAUAAGCUUGACCUACCCGCAAGUGCUAGAAUUCAUCCAGUCUUCCAUGUCUCUCAGCUGAAGAAACAGAUUGGUCAAGCUCUCAUUCCUUCACCAACUUUACAUGUAGUUGAUCAUGCAGGGAAGAUCAUAAUGCAACCUGAGAGCAUUUUGAGCACCAGGAAUAUUACUUAG